GAGCAUGCGCAAGCUUGUGCGUAGCACUAUGAUGAAAAGGCAAUUUUUCAUUCCACGUAGAAACAAUUUAAAGGCAUAUGGGUUUCAAAAUGUACAUGUUCAGUAAUAAUUUUGCUGAAGUUGAUUUGCCAUUUGAUGGUUUUCAAGUUGAGAUACACUACCGGAAAUCGCGGCUUGUCUUGGCAGAGGGAAUUCCCCUUACGCUGUAACUUUCCCACCGUGUUAUGCAGUUUUUAAUUCAAUGACGUUUCUAAGUACCAAGAACGCAUUUGAACUACCUAGAAAAAGCAAUGUCGUCAUCCCCCAAGACCCAGAGAGUGGCGGUAGUUGGAGCUGGCAUAAUUGGCCUGUCUACAGCAUGGUGCCUGAAGGAACGCCAUCCUGAUCUCCCCGUUCACAUCAUCGCCGACAAGUUCUCUCCUUAUACCGUCAGCGACAUAUCUGCUGGGUUCUGGCAGCCAUAUUUGCUGGGGGAUACACCCAUGGGUUUGCAAGUAAAAUGGAGCAAGGACACCUUUGUCCAUAUGAUGAAGGUCCAUCGUAUGGCAGACACGUCUGACGCCGGCGUCCAGAUGAUAUCUGGUUACGUCACCUUCAAGGAAAGGGUAGAGGAUCCAUACUGGAAAGAUAUCGUGCUAGGGUUCCGUCACAUGACAGAGGAGGAAGUGGCUCAGUUUGAAGGACAGACACAUGGAUGGUUUUUCACAACAUAUGGUGCUGAGAGCAAAUAUUACUUGCCUUGGAUAAUGAGAAAGUUGAAAGAUUUCCCAGAUGUCAAAGUAUUCAACAGAAAACUGAACAGCUUGUCUGAGUUAGCCGGAGAGUAUGACAUUGUGGUCAACUGCACUGGACUCGGAGCAAGAGAACUGGUGAAUGACCGUCAGGUUCAGCCAAUCAGAGGACAGGUUAUGAGGGUGAAAGCACCAUGGAUCAAGUAUUUCUUCAACAACGAGGACCUCAGUGACAUCUACCUGCUCCCAGUAGUUGACAGCGUUGUGGUUGGCGGUACCCACCAGGUCAGCUCAUGGGAUCUUCAGCCUAGUGAGGAAGACAAGAAACGCAUCUGGGAAGGCGUCUGCAAGUUUAUACCUAGCCUCAGGGGUGCAAAGAUAGAGAAUGACUUUGUUGGUUUACGUCCCAGCAGGCCCAGUGUAAGACUGGAGCUGGAGGACGUGAAUUCUGGGAGAGGGAAACUGACGAUUGUGCAUAAUUACGGACACGGAGGUGCAGGUGUCACACUCCACUGGGGAUGUGCAGUGGACGCGGCACAGUUGGUUGAGGAUGCAAUGAGGCGACUUGCGCUGAAGUCAAAAUAUUGAUUUGAUGACCUAGAUCAAUGUUAGCAGUCUGUGAGAUGUGAUUAAUUUUCAGAGAAGUACUUGGUGUCAAACACAUAAACUUGCCAGUUAUAAUAAGUGGCAUAUGAA